AUGUUAGCUUUUCUUCUGGGGACGUUAUUCGGUGCCGUUCUCGUCUUAUUCGUCAUCUUUGUGCUGGUCGUUGAUCCAUGGGGUCCAAAAUCACCACCACCACCAUUUAUCGACCAGUAUCGACCGAUAGAGAUCCCAAAAGAGCUUCGUGAUUUCCUCAAAACUGGUGAUGACGGGCAGGGUAUAUCACGAUGGGAAUCAUCGCAUUCUCUCUCCCUGCUACUACACAUGUUUUUUCAAGAGCACAAAGACACACGGCAGCUUCGAAGAUGGUUCCACAAACGUCUGCAAAUCGAACUCAACGACAUUAGCACUCGUUCAGCAGCUGGUCGUCUCAUACAAGAGAUCCGUAUACGAGAUCUGUCGCUUGGCACAAAAUCUCCACGAAUCAGUGCAGUACGUGUAGAAAAUGUUGAGAUGUCAGAAGACAAAAACAUUUUUGAGAAGAUUACACUGUUGAUCGACAUGGACUAUACCGGCGGAUUCGAAACAUCAAUUGACGUCACUACUGUCUUCGGAAAGAAAGCGAAUUUAUCCAUCAAACUGACAAAAUUGGCUGGGUUGGUUCGAUUCAUGUUGUCAAGAAAACCCUACAACCACUGGACUUUCUCGUUUGUCUCAACGCCAGAACUUGCCACUGAUGUUAGCUCCCAAAUCCAAGGACACCAACUCAAACGACUCAUCCCACUAAUCAAAGAAUCCAUACGAAGAGCAUUGCAACGGAAACACGUCUGGCCGAAUUACAAGAUACGAUAUCGACCUCUUUUCCCUAAUCCAUUCCUGCAGCCUUCACCUCCUCAUAGCUCCUUCACCCACGUCAAAAUAGAGGGAGGCCUCGAAGUGACAGUUCUUCAGGGAACAAGGCUGAGAACGAGUCUUGUUGACAAAGACCUAAGUAACUACGUAGUUUACUGCACUGUCACGUUAGAUAGCCGUCCCUUCCUUCAAAAUUCGACAGAUAUUGCACAUUCAUUGAGUGUACUGCUUACAUUCUCACGUCAUGAUAUGACAACUCCCAUUGGAAUUGUAUUUGAGAAGACAGCAGUGAAUGCACAAGGUAUUCGUCCAGUGAGGGUAGGUAUUGUCGAAGAGGGAAGCAUAGCCGAUAAGGCCGCUUUCAAACCAGGUGACACUCUAGUUGCCAUUAAUAACGUACCAAUCCGAAGCGAACGCCAAGUGAUUCGAUUCCUACAACAAACGAUUGGAGAUCUGCUAGUGCUAGUGGACCGCAGUCUGGGUGAUAUUGACGAUGACGUUUUGAAAGACGCAGAUGUGCUUGUGAGUACGACAAAUGGCCACGCAGAUAAUGCGUUCGAAUGUCUUGGAGAUGUACCAUCACCGCACCCAGCAGUCCCCGAUCAAAGAAGUGUGUCACCCUCAUCUGACUCUCAUCGCCGGCAUAGUUUAUCGAAUGCCAUUUCUGCUCCAUCUGUUAGGAACCAGUUAUUCGGGUAUAAAAGUCAACAAAGUAGGGGACUGCGCGCAAGGACAGCUUCCAUGGACAUUGACUCUCGGAUCAAAGCAUACCGUUUUGUCGGUUAUGCUGCUGUUACCUUCUCUGCCAUUGCUGUUCUGUCGGUCUGCAUCACUCUUCCGCUGGUUUACAACUACGUGAGACACAUACGACGCUUCACUCACCACGAAUUACUGCGGUGCAAAGCUUCCGCCAAAGAUGUUUGGACAGAUCUUUCCAAACUGCCAGAAGCAAACAGAACAAUAAGAUCACCUGUGAGACGCCAGUACGAUUUCGGCAUUUCCGAAGGUUCUUGUCAAGGAUGCUGCUUACCUGGUCCACCAGGUCCUCCAGGUGUUUCAGGAAGACCUGGUAAGCCUGGCAAAGAUGGAAGACCAGGUGCUCCUGGGAACCCAGGCCGUCCACCGCAGCAGCCCUGUGAGCCUAUCACUCUUCCACCGUGCCGCCCAUGCCCACCUGGGCCACCCGGCCCUCCAGGCCAAAUCGGUCCUGCUGGAAUUCCAGGACCUAUUGGGCCACCUGGUCCUCCAGGACCUACAGGACCUAUUGGUCCUCAAGGAAUGAAAGGCUCUCCUGGAAUGCCAGGUAAAUUAGGUACAAUGGGGGAGCAGGGAUCACCUGGUGAACCAGGUCCUAGCAGCGAACCACAGCCUGGACCUCCUGGACAACCUGGGCCAAUUGGUCCUCCUGGCAGUCAGGGCGCACCUGGAAUGGCUGGAACAGAUGGACAUCCUGGCGAGCCGGGCGAGAAAGGACUUCCGGGUCCGCCUGGAAAUCCUGGGAUGGAUGGGCAGCCUGGAACUCCUGGACAACCUGGAAUGGAUGGAACCCCUGGUAUGCGUGGUGUUUGUCCGAAGUACUGUGCUAUCGACGGAGGAGUUUUCUUCGAGGAUGGCACACGUCUUUAA